AUGCCAAUAUAUGCAACUCAAACAAUUGUGUUUGCGCAUGGCCGUCGCGCUACUGAGUUGGAUCGUCGUGCAGCCGACCUGAUCCGACCUCCCGGCUGGCCGUCAAGGACGUGUCCCACAGUGCCAACCGUCUGCUCGCCUUACUCUUAUCUGUUUACCUACACGGUUUCGCUUGUUCACGCCGCACCUGUAGAAGGAGAGCCAAGAAGCUUCUGA